CCUGCGUUGAAUGAGCCGCCUGAUUUAAUGCUAUAUAAUAUCAGUUCUGAACCUAUAGAGUACGCCGAACCCACACACAAGCGAAAGACUAAGCUCCGGUUGGCUUUUAUGCUGAGGAACUCACUACGUUAGUGCCCUGUAUAUCCAUCAUAUCUAUUGGCAGGGAGAAUAGGUCGGGCCGGGUAGCAGGGAAGGGGGCGCCUAGGGCCCACCACAAGUAGAGACAAGACGAGCGCGUGUCAGCCCAGCCAGAGCUCAAAACGCAGCAGCCAACAUGCCGAAGCAAACGGUGAAGCUGGUCUCCGCGGAGGGCUAUGAGUUCAUUGUGGACUACAAGGCCGCGUGCGUGUCCAACACCAUCCGCAACAUGCUCAGCUCCCAAGGUAGCUUCACGGAGACGGAGCUGGGCGAGGUGAAGUUCCCGGAGAUCUCCACGCCCAUCCUGGAGAAGGUCUGCCAGUACUUUUACUACAAACUGCGCUACCAGAACUCCACCACCAAGAACAUCCCUGAGUUCAAGGUGGCGCCGGAGAUCGCCCUGGAGCUGCUCAUGGCCGCAAACUUCCUGGACACGUAGGGGGGACACAUAGAUGGCCAUUCUGGUGUGACUGGUGUGGCUGAUGAGCCCCUGGGACUGCCUGGGGCGGGGGCGCCGCGGGGUGUGUUGGGAAAACGGAAAUGGUGUGUGCGUGUGCGUGUGCGUGUGUGUGUGUGUCAUAAGUCACGCGUGGGGCGGGGCGUGUGUGGGGUGUGGGCUGUUGCUGUGUGUUGAGGGGGCUGCGAGCGGCAGGUGGUUGUUGUGUUCGUUUGUGGAGCGGCUGGAGCAAGGUCGCCUCGGGAGCAGGCCCAGCGCGGGCGGUGUUGAGGGGCGGUGGGGGCGCGAACGGCAUGGAGGCGCCUGCAGCUGGAGCUGUAGUGGUCCGCCAGACAGCUUGGGUACACGGGAGCAGCCGCAACAGGAGGUUCAUGGUGCGAGGGGGCACAACUGGUUGUGCGUCGGAGGCGUUGUGUAUGUAUGCUUGGUGUCACCAGCACGUCCAUCAGCCGUAAGGGUGGGGUGGUUGCAGUCUUGCGGAGACCCAACCUAAACCGAACCCAAUGCUACUGAGCGAGGAGAGCGUGGCAUACGCUUUGGCAACGGAGUGGCACUCGACAGUAGUCCCCGUCCCCGAAACGCACCGAGGGGGUUGCAUGUGAAUCAGCCAGGACAUGCAUGAGGACAGUCGACAUGCCCAGGUGGCGCCGCCCGCUGUCCACGCCCCAGCUGUACUGUAGCGGGCUGGCGGGCCGCGGCUGACAGUGGCGGGCGUAGCCACAUGCGAUAAAGCUGGAUGCCCC